UUAUGGCUAACGCAGAGAUCCGAUAGCGCAUCGGUGGCCGAGCGUCCGUCUUGGAACAAAAACGAGCUACACAAACCGACAAGGCACGGUGAGGACAAGCCACGAGCUCGUCCGGCCGGGUCAACGUCCACGCUCUCCCUCCAACCCAGAGUAUUGAAACAUCAUCUCCCUGUCACUGACGCAGGCUGCAGCAUGAGCUGACCCGAGAACAAUGUUUGGAUGAUGAUCCAAGAAACCUCCACGCACGACGGAGCACAACAGCACAGAUCCAGCAGAAUCCAGUCCAGCGCCGUCGUCGAUCCAUCAGAGUGAAGUCAACGCAGCAGCAAAUUAGCUAGGUUCGUCUCAUCCUUUUACUCCCAGAAUCAUAUCAACCUCAGUGUAGAAAUAUUGCCUCGAUCGUCGUCUCCGAUCAUCUGUUAGUUUGCGUAAUCUUGUGCUUUCAGUUUCAGACGCGGCAGAAAUCAGUUUGAGACAUGGCCGAGCACGCGGUUGCCGCCGUGCUGCAGAGGGCAGGCGCCACGGUGAUCCAAGAAGUCGCUUCUCUGGGCCAGGUUCCUGCCAAGGUGGAGGCCCUCAAGUCCGAGCUCAAGCGCAUGCAGUGCUUCCUCAGGGAUGCCGACGCGAGGAUGGAGAGGGGCGAGAAUGAGAUGCUCAGCCAACUGGUGUCGGAGGUCAGGGACGUCGCCUACAGCGUCGAGAUCAUCAUUGACACGGCCAACAUCUUGGCCAGGGACAACAGCAGACCGCCGUCCCUCCUCGGCGCCAUAUCCAAGGGCGCCUGUUACCCCGUCCACUGCAAGCGCCUGUACAGCAUUGGGAAAAGAAUCGAUCAGGUCACCGCAAGAGUUGGUGCGAUCUUUGGAGAAUUCACAAAGUACAGCAUUGCCAGCACUAGACUGAAUGAGACAAGAUACAGUAUGGAUGACACCGAGAGUCUGCGCGCAAGAAGACUGACGCACCCGGGUUUCGGGGAUGAGGUCGAUGUCAUUGGCUUUGACAGUGAAAUCAACCAGGUCAAGGAUGAACUGCUUGACUCGGAGAUCAAGGACCUCACCGUCAUCUCCCUUGUUGGUCCAGGAGGGGCAGGGAAAUCAACCAUUGCCAGGAAGGUCUAUAAUCUUGUCGCGAAAAAGCAUUUCAACUCCUGCGUAUGGAUAUGCAUCUCACAGCAAUUUACAGUCUAUGGUGCACUGAAGGAUAUAGUUAAAGGGGCCAUGGGGAGUCAAGACUUUGAAGAAUUAGGAACAAUGAGCGAGAUGGAAAUUAUAAAGAAGAUCCACAGUUUUCUCAAGGAUAAAAGGUACCUGGUGGUUUUAGAUGAUGUCUGGAGAAUGGAAGACUGGGAUAUGGUCCAAGCCGCCUUUCCUGAUGUGAAAAAUGGAAGCAGAAUUGUUUUGACAACUCGCAACUCGGCAGUUUCCAAUCACCCCAACGCAAGAAAAAUAAUCCAGGAGGUAAAGCUCCUUAGCAAUGACGAAAGUAUAGAGUUAUUUAACAGAAAGGCAUUCCCUUCGUAUGUCGUCCAUGGCAGAGAUGAUCUGGAUAGCUUCAGAGAACUUGGCAAGAUACUUGCAUUAAAAUGCAAUGGCUUGCCUCUUGCAAUUGUAGUCAUGGGAGGUUACCUUUCAAAGAAUCUCAGGAUCACCGAGUGGAGAAGAAUGGUUGCCAGUGUAAACUGGGACGCAAUGAAGAAUGAAGGUGACAUCAGAGCCAUACUGGACCUAAGUUACUAUGAUCUGUCAAGUAAUCUGAAGGCGUGCUUUUUGUACAUCACAUCGUUCCCAGAAGACUACGCAGUCCCGGUUGGCCUUCUUACAAAGUUGUGGAUUUCAGAGGGUUUCAUACCAAAUAUGCGUGGAUGCUCCCUUGAAGAAACUGCGCUUGGGUAUGUGGAAGAACUGGCCCAGCGCUGCUUAAUCCUAAUUGAAAAGAGGAGCUCCAGGUGCAUCAAAACCGUUAAGGUGCAUGACGUGUUGCGCGACUGGGGAAUCGGGCGAGCUCGAAGAGAAGGCUUCUUGAAAGACUGCAGUUCCAGAAAUGAAGUGGAGACAUCAUAUUCCAAUGAAAUGAGAGCUUACAGGGUGGUUCUCUACGACUCUGUUUGUGUGAAGGUCGGUGUCGCUAUGCCAAAUCUGCACACCUUGCUGAUCUUCAAUGCAGCUCGGCUAGAAAGGAACGUCUUCUCUUUCCGAGGCUUGAAUUACCUGCGGGUGCUCUACUUUGAUGGCAUGAGAGGGAGAUGGCAGCUACCCACAGAGAUCGGCUCAAUGGUACAUCUGAGGUACCUUGGCUUGAAAGGUGCCACAUAUGUACUUCCUGCUACCGUCAGUAAUCUCACAAACUUGCAUACUUUUGAUGCAAGAGAUGCCAUAGUGGAAGCACUCCCUAUGGAUCUCUUGAGCAUUUCGACACUGAAGCAUGUCCAUAUCUACAAGGUUGAGUCAUGGUCCGUGUGGAAGACCACCAUGCAGAGCAACCUGAAGUCUCUCUUCAUAUUCCUGGCAGCCAACACGCCGAAGCAAUGGGAAGGAGCAAUUGACAGAAUGGAUGAAAGCCCCUCCUGGUGCUUUGGGAAGCACUACCGGAGUGUCAAACAGCUGGAAAUUGUCGGGGCGUGUGAGGACGAGUUCGGAGUGCCCAACGACCUACAUCUUCCUGAUCUGCAUCUCCUCCCGCACAACCUCAGACGGCUGAAAAUUAGCUGUCCUAAUCUGCUGAAUGAUAAAGACCCCAUGCCGACACUUGGGAGCUGGCUGACGUUCCUGAAUGUGUUGGAAAUAGGGGUCAAGUCAUAUACCGGCGCGAUCAUGACCUGCCCUUCUGGUGGGUUUCCAGACCUGCACAAUUUGGUGCUCCACGAUCUGGAUAUUGAGGAGUGGAUACUGGAGGAUGGCGCCAUGCCGAAGCUCAGGAUACUAACUCUCUGCAAGUGCACCAAGCUGAAGGAACUUCCACAAGCAUUGCAGCACCUAAAGGAACUUAAAAAGCUGAAAGUGAUAGCGAUGCCCGAGUUGGAUCAAGUAUUAUGCUACCUGCUACACAAGGCAGGACGCGAGGUCAUCAUCAGGUCAAGUGAGGAGGACUUUGAGCAUGUACAGAUCCCCAAGUAUGACAUUUAAGGAGUGGACAAUGGGGAGCGGAAGCAAUUUAAAUUCACUGACAUCAUACAUGCUGGGUGGAAUGGAUAUCUUUGAAAGGUGCACAGGUUUCUCAUGCGAGCUACUGACCUGAUACCGACAAACUGUCAAUUGUGCGUGUUUAUGUCGCUACUAUUUGGUAUGCACUUGUAUAUGUGUAAACACAGUAUUUUAUAACGAGACUAAAUGUGUAUACUGUGCACCUCCGAUGUACAUGGCACCGUUUGUAAGGGCAACCUGGUGCAUGUAGCUCCCGCUUGCGCAGGGUCCAGGGAAGGGUCCGACCACUUUGGGUCUAUAGUACGCAGCCUUUCCCUACAUUUCUGUAAGAGGCUGUUUCCAGGACUUGAACCCAUGACUUCAUGGUCACAAGGCAGCAACUUUACCACUGCGCCAAGGCUCCCCUUCACAUGGCACCGUUUGUAAUUUGAAAAAAAAAAAAUCAAGGGCUGAGGGAGAGAAGCGCCUUCAAACAUUUGUUCAAGGAGGAGAUGAGACAUCCCGAAUUGCAGCACAGAGUGCUCUGUUCUCACAUUUUGUAAUUUCAGCUUAUGUUGAUCAUUGACGUUGGGCUAUAGGAACAAUUGGUGAAAAUUGGUGUAUUGCCGUCAAGUUCGUCGACCUAUGAUCAAAUGACUUAGAGUGGGUGACCCUAUUGAUAAAAUGCCCUCAGUUGACAAGCAUCUUCAAGGUUCGGCCUACAGGAUUCUGUUUACAAAAUAACAUCACGUAGUCCACACUGCAAUGGAAAUGGAGCUUUGCCCCUGUCAUCUCUUUCUAUAUUCUUUUUCUUCGAAUGGAUUGAUCCAGGACAAUUAUACCGGGUACGUAGUUUUUCUGCUACUCCUCAACGCACCCAGAUUUCAACCCAAAUCCAUCUCACGGAACUAGGGUUUACUACAUUGCGCCGAAAAUCAAAACAUAGGGUUCACGGGGAGGAAAUGAGGUGGCAGAAAAUGGAACCGAUAGGCUCACCUCGCUGCCGGGAGGGGCCGCCAGCCGCUGGGAGGACUCGACGCCCGCCGGCGAGCCGUCGCCGGGGCGGCCGCACAAACACACAGAGAGAGGGACGUUUCUGCCGUCCUUUCCAGACGCCGCCACCACGCCGUUUCCAAAC